GGUCAGGCGGAGGCUCUGCCGCUGCGGCCGCAGCAACUCCGCUCCUAUUCCGGGGAAGCGUGGGACGGGGGCUUUUGAAAUAAGUGGAGCGGCGUUCGGGUUAGGGUCCGUGCUCUCCGCCUGCGGGAGAGCGAGGCGAAGUGACCGGGGCGAGCAGGGGGUGCGGAGGAUUGGGGGCCGGUGCCUCACAGCCGGACAGAGCCCCGGCUGCGCCGCGCGACUAGCUCUUUGGCCCUCGGAGCGCAGCAGCCGGCGAACGGCCAGCGGGACGCCGGGACGCGGCAAACAAGGUCAUUCUCCAACUUUUAGAGGUGAUGGAUCAUCUGCAUAGAGGGGAAUCAGUUGCUGCAAUACUCCGUAACCGAUCUCUAGUGGAAGAGGAAGACCAACACAUGAAAUUGUCCCUUGGAAGCAGCGAAAUGGGCCUCUCCUCCCAUUUGCAGUCUUCCAAGGCGGGAACCACACGCAUCUUUACCAGCAAUACCCACAGUUCUGUGGUGUUACAGGGGUUUGACCAGCUCCGACUUGAAGGGUUGCUCUGUGACGUGACCCUGAUGCCAGGGGACACAGAUGACGCCUUCCCUGUGCACAGAGUCAUGAUGGCCUCUGCUAGUGAUUACUUCAAGGCUAUGUUCACAGGUGGAAUGAAAGAACAAGAUUUAAUGUGCAUUAAGCUUCAUGGCGUGAGCAAAGUCGGUUUAAGGAAAAUUAUUGAUUUCAUUUACACUGCAAAGCUUUCUCUUAAUAUGGACAACCUUCAAGACACACUGGAAGCUGCCAGUUUUCUACAGAUUCUGCCGGUUUUGGACUUCUGCAAAGUAUUUCUCAUAUCUGGGGUCACUUUAGACAAUUGUGUCGAAGUUGGGCGGAUUGCCAACACCUACAAUCUGACAGAAGUGGAUAAAUACGUUAACAGUUUCGUCUUGAAGAAUUUUCCUGCGUUGCUGAGCACCGGGGAGUUCUUGAAACUCCCUUUUGAACGUCUUGCCUUUGUGCUUUCCAGUAAUAGCCUUAAGUACUGCACUGAACUUGAGCUCUUUAAGGCUACCUGUCGCUGGCUACGCCUGGAAGAGCCUCGGAUGGACUUUGCUGCAAAAUUAAUGAAGAACAUACGAUUUCCACUGAUGACACCACAGGAGCUCAUUAAUUACGUGCAAACCGUGGAUUUCAUGAGAACUGACAACACGUGUGUGAAUCUCCUUUUGGAAGCCAGCAAUUACCAAAUGAUGCCAUAUAUGCAGCCAGUGAUGCAGUCAGACAGGACUGCCAUUCGGUCUGACACCACUCAUUUGGUUACACUAGGAGGAGUGCUGAGGCAGCAGCUGGUUGUCAGCAAGGAAUUGCGCAUGUAUGAUGAAAAGGCUCACGAGUGGAAGUCCUUAGCCCCCAUGGAUGCCCCAAGGUACCAGCAUGGCAUUGCUGUCAUUGGAAAUUUCCUGUACGUCGUUGGUGGACAGAGUAAUUAUGACACAAAAGGAAAAACGGCAGUUGAUACAGUCUUCAGAUUUGAUCCUCGAUACAAUAAGUGGAUGCAAGUUGCAUCUUUAAAUGAAAAGCGCACCUUCUUCCACCUAAGUGCCCUCAAAGGAUACCUGUAUGCAGUUGGUGGGCGAAAUGCAGCUGGUGAACUGCCUACAGUAGAAUGUUACAAUCCAAGAACAAAUGAAUGGACCUAUGUUGCCAAAAUGAGUGAGCCCCACUAUGGCCAUGCUGGAACUGUGUAUGGAGGCGUAAUGUAUAUUUCAGGAGGAAUUACUCAUGACACUUUCCAAAAGGAGCUCAUGUGCUUUGACCCUGAUACUGACAAAUGGAUCCAGAAGGCGCCAAUGACCACUGUCAGAGGUCUGCAUUGCAUGUGUACAGUGGGAGAAAGGCUGUAUGUCAUUGGUGGCAAUCACUUCAGAGGAACAAGCGAUUAUGAUGAUGUCCUAAGCUGUGAAUACUACUCACCGAUCCUUGACCAGUGGACCCCAAUUGCUGCCAUGUUAAGAGGGCAGAGUGAUGUUGGGGUCGCUGUCUUUGAAAAUAAAAUCUACGUGGUUGGUGGGUAUUCGUGGAAUAAUCGUUGUAUGGUAGAGAUAGUGCAGAAAUAUGAUCCAGAUAAAGAUGAAUGGCAUAAGGUUUUUGAUCUCCCGGAGUCCCUGGGUGGCAUCCGAGCUUGCACACUCACAGUUUUUCCACCUGAAGAAACCACACCAUCACCUUCUAGAGAGUCCCCUCUUUCUGCACCUUAAGAUCGUCCCUACAACUAAGAUGCUGUAGUCCUAUCUUUGCAACGUGUCAUGAAUUCUCUUCUUUCGCCCUCCCCCUUAAGUAGUGUAUGUUAGGAUUAGCCUCCAGUAAUUGAUACAAAUAUUGGAAAAAAGACGACAUUGAUGUUCUUUGUGCUGUUUGUUUGGCUUUGAGUGUUUAUAAAGUGGUAACAAAACCAUUCUGGAAAUGUAUCCCAUAGAAGCUGAUGUUUGACAUAUGAGGAGAAAAAAAAAAAAAAAGCAAGGCAAGGUAUUGUCUAUAAGAUGUUUCUGCAGUACUUUUUUGAUGCUGUGUACUGGGUGUAAGGUAUUUGUCAUCUUACAUUAGAAAGCCCAAGAAACCAAGUUGAAGGUGGAUUAUAGUAAAUGUACAACUGUGCUAACUAGGCUUCAAAGUAAAAAGUUUUCCUUUCAUCUUUGAUUGUGAGAUGUGAAAGGGAGGUAGCCCGCUCCAACAGGAAACAAUAGACAAAAGGUUGCCAACUCGCAUGAGCUACCUCCCUCUUUUCAUAAAGUAUUUUUGACAUAUCUGUCAGCCCACCUGUCUGUGGGGUACAUUGAGAACACAUCAAGUUUCUUAGACACACAGGAGAAAGAAUAAUUGCAAUUCACGAAUAUUAAUUUAAAAAAACAGCAUGACCCCUCAACUUGUAAGCAAGACUUUGGGGUUUUUUAAGUGUUUAUAAAUAUAUACACACACAUAUAUCAAAUAGAAGAAUUUUAAAAACUGAGUAGCACGUCAAACAAAUGCAAAAGAGAAAACUUUGAAAUUUCUUCCAAAAAGCAGCUUCCAUUAAAAUGGGAAUUCAGUAUGCACGUACUGAAUGCACGUAUGUAGAUUCAUACUGAAUUUAGGUGA